AGCAAAUCUUCACAACUGCACCCUGCCAAGAUGCUGCGACGACAGAUUCGUGAGAGGCAAGAGUACCUCUUCAAGAGGGCUCAGCAAACAAAGCAGCAUGAGAUUGAACAGAAGAAGCGCGCGCUCAAGGCAGCCCUCGAAGCUGGCAAGCCAAUCCCAACGGAACUCCGGGGAGAGGAGCCCGAGCUUCGCCGCCUCCUUGCUUUGGAUGACCAACAAAAGACAGAUGUGCGCGAUGACGAGUACAGGAAGGCGGGUGUUGAGGAUCCGCGCAUCAUGAUCACAACCUCCCGUGAUCCCAGCGCAAGGUUAAAGCAGUUCACAAAGGAGAUGAAGUUGCUGUUUCCAACAGCCCAGCGUCUUAACCGUGGUGGCACCAUCCUGAAAGAGCUGGUGCAAGUGUGUCGGGACAUUGAAGUGACGGAUCUCAUCAUCGUGCACGAGCGUCGCGGCGAGCCAGAUGGGCUGAUUGUGUCGCACAUGCCAUAUGGUCCCACUGCAUACUUUACGCUGAGCAACGUGGUGAUGCGCCACGAUAUUGAGGACCCGGGCAAAAUGUCGGAGGCAAACCCGCACCUCAUCUUCCACGGCUUCUCCACACCGCUUGGCGAGCGGGUGACGUCGAUCCUGAAGUUUCUGUUUCCGGUCCCGCGUGAUGACACGCGGCGCGUCAUGACAUUUGCAAACGACAGCGACUACAUCUCGUUCAGGCAUCACGUGUACACGAAGAAGGGCAAGGAGGUUGAGUUGGCAGAGAUUGGGCCGCGCUUCGAGAUGAAACUGUACCACAUCAAGCUAGGCACGGUGGAUCAGGACGAUGCAGAUACAGAAUGGGUGUAUAGGCCAUACAUGAACACGGCAAAGAAGAGGACGUUCCUCUAGCCCUCCUCGUGUGAUUGUUGUUGUUGUUUAAGUUGUUGUUGUUGUUGUUGUUGUUGUUGUUGUUGUUG